AUGCCGGGUUCGCGGCAGCACCGUUGCGCUCCCCGGCCUGGUUUCCAUGAGGUCUCUCCAGCAGCUGCACGGUGCGCUCGGCACGACCGCCACGCAGAGUGCACGGCAAGGUCUUUUGCAUAUGUUACAAUCAAAGACAGACUUCCUCAGAUCCUCACAAAAGUUAUUGACACUCUGCAUCGGCAUAAAAAUGAAUUCUUUGAAGAACAUGGUGAGAAGGGUGUUGAAGCAGAGAAGAGAGCUAUAUCUUUCCUCUCAAAAUUACGGAAUGAAUUGCAAACAGACAAGCCAGUGACCCCUUUAGAAGAUGAGCUGGCAGAUGCUGUACUGUGGAACCAGUACCUGGACUGUCAACGGAAUCUGUCCAGCGGAAAUGGAGAACCAAGCUGGUUUCAGUCCCCUUGGCUCUACGUAGAAUGUUACAUGUAUCGAAGAAUUCAGUCAGCAUUAGCACAAAGCCCACCCAUUAACAACUUCGACGUAUUUAAGGAAGGAAAGGCUCAAAAUUUUUUUGAAUCCCAGCAAGCUGUUACUGCCUUAUGCACUUACUUUCAGGAACUUCUUAAGAACAUCAAGGAUCUUGACGAAAAGCAACUUAAGGGGGAACUUUUUAACCUACUACAGGUGUCCCUUUGGGGAAAUAAAUGUGACCUUUCUUUUUCAGCUGGUGAAGACAGCUCUCAGAAAUCUAGUCCUUUAGAAUCCCUGCAAGACUUGCUACCUUACAUCUUAGUGAAUGAUAUGGAAAAACUUUGGUCGCUACUUACAGAUGCCAAAAAAAGAACUACGGAUAAAUCUAUUGUUAGAGUUGACAUAAUCCUGGAUAAUGCUGGAUUUGAACUUGUAACUGAUCUUGUAUUGGCUGACUUCCUGUUAUCAUCCAAGCUAGCUGAUGAAAUCCAUUUCCAUGGAAAAAGUAUUCCAUGGUAUGUGUCAGAUACCACAAAGCAUGAUUUUAACUGGACUAUUAAACAACUGCAGUCAGCUAAUCAUAUGUGGAUGUCUAGAUGUGGAAUAAAUUGGGAGGGCAAUUUGAAAAAGGGAGUUUGGGUUUUCCAUGAUAACAUGUUUUGGACUCUGCCACAUGAAUUUUCUAGCAUGGCUAAAGUUGCUCCUGAUUUGUAUGCUGAUUUACAGAAGUCAAACUUGCUUCUUUUCAAAGGUGAUCUAAACUAUAGAAAAUUAGCAGGAGAUAGAAAAUGGGAAUAUUCUGUUCCAUUUUAUCAAGCCUUGAACAGGUUUCAUCCUGCACCCCUCUGUAGUUUGAGAACACUGAAAUCUGACAUUCAGGUUGGCUUAAAACCAGGGCAAGGUGAACAAAUUCAGGCUUCUGAACCCGAAUGGAUGAUAAGUGGGAAAUAUGGUAUUGUUCAGUUUGAUGCUGCUGUAUGA